AAGGGAAAGGGAGGCCGACAGGCAGCAGGGCUCCUGAGCGGGAGGAGGAUGGACAGCAAGCCGCUCCUGCAGGAGAGACCCCCCGCCUACAGCCCCAGCGCCCACAGCAGCGACUACGGCGCCCCCGCCAACUACGGAGCCAUCCCCGCAGGGCCGCCUCCGGGCUUCCAGCCGCCCCCGCCCUACUCCUUCCCCACCGCCGGACCCGGGGCAGGAUAUGUUGUUCCUCCAGGUCCGUCUCCACAUAACUACCCCAACACAACGUACACAAUAAUCCAGCAGCCCCCCUCCACCACAUCAGUUGUCGUUGUUGGCGGCUGCCCAGCUUGCAGAGUUGGCGUGUUGGAAGACACAUUCACUUGUCUCGGUGUGCUUUGUGCCAUUGUAUUUUUUCCUAUUGGGAUUCUCUUCUGUCUUGCACUGAGGCAACGAAGAUGUCCGAACUGCGGCGCGGCGUUCGGUUAAGGGAUCAAUAGAAACAGGCUGUUGGAAGCAAUUAACUAUUGUAAUACCUUUUUUUCUAAUGUAAAUGUCAUAUACAAUCAUGUCGAUGCUUCAGAGCUGAUUUUGUAAAAGUACGAUAAGAUUUACCCUCUCACUUUUCUUGCAUGCAAAACCGAUCUAGAGGCAUGUCUCUCGCAAGGCACAGGUUCAACCUAGUUUUGUGUCUUAAAUUCAACUUUUUGGGAAAUUUAAAUAAAACCGCUUUUUUGCAACUUCA